GUUUUGCUUUCUACAAAUUUAUUCAGUUUUCAUUUCUGCUUUUGCAAAGCAAAAGGUACUAAUUCUCGAAAUAUCCCGUAACGAUGAAAAGUGCGCUAUUUAUGUUACCAUUACUCAUUGGUAUUUAUAACAUAUUAUUAGCAACGUCUAAAAGACCACCUCGGAUCAUUCACGACUACGAUUCGGAUGGUGAAAGCUAUGAUUGCGUUUAUACUGGUGAUCGGAAUCCCGUACUACAAGAAUACGAGAAGGCUCUUCCCAUUGAAAGCUCAUCAUGGGAUCGUACUACACCUCCCGUCAUUGUUGCUUAAUCGGUAGAUCAGUGGUUUAAUGCUACCAUAGAAAUAAGCGUACUUUCGAUAUAUUAUUUCAAAUACACUAUUAACGCUAUUUUUUUUACACUAUCUAAUAAUUCUUUCUGUUGCAGUUAAUAUUGGUUAGAUAUAUUGUGGUUCACAUUCCUAGAAGUGCUAUGCCUAGCAAUCAUGGCUAAUUUAUCAGCUCUAUUGGCUUACGAAUGAAAACAUUAAACUUUUUAUGCGCACUCUGAUAUUCCUUAUUGAAUAAAAUUGAAAUUUAAUUUUGUCAACAUGUUUU